GCUCACUCGCGCAUACACAGACUCCCUCACAUGCGCUUCGCCUCUUCAGGGAAGCGCUACUUUCUCAACCGGCAUCUGCUCUCAAAAGGACGUCUGUACUCGUUUUACAGCCUUUUUGUCUCAGUAGACAGCUCCUCGCACCUCUUUUGCCCUGCAGCUAUAAGAGGAGGACUUCAGGAUUAUCUGCUUUUGUGGAGUUUGUGGGACACUGCCAGUGCGUGUGAGAGGAGUGGACUGAGUCGCUGUGUUUUGUGGGCUUCACUCCGUUACUUGGCCGUUGGAGCUGUGAGGGAGAAGAGUCUCAGCACUGACUUCACAGACUGCCCUUGUCCUGGUGGGUCGCUCAGUUGGACUGAUAUGGAAUGCAACCUCUGGUGACCCUCUCCCUGAAGUCCUCCAUUCAGUGAGCUGCGCCAGGAGGAGUGUGGAUAAAAGACAAGAGAACCUGAAACAAAAAAAGAGGGAACAGCAGCAGGACCAUUCAGCUGGGUUGAAAAAGUUAUAAGGGGCCCUCAGGGGUGGGAGAGGACCUUGAAGACACAGCAAAAAAAGUAAAUAAAAAGUGUGAGUACAAAAGACUUCUUUGAGGCACUGGACAUUUGGAAGCUCAAAGGGGAACUGACCAUUAGCCUCAGUUUCACCCCUCUUGAAUUUAUCCCACCUCCACAGUCGCCCAUCAUGCCAGUGGAAACCCUUCGUCCUUCGGAUGGACGUCUGGCUGGUGGUCCUUUUACCUCGGCCAUGCCUUUCCGCAUCCUGAACAAGGGCCCGGACUACUUUCGCAGGGCUCCCGAGCCUGGGGCGCGCAAGCUAAGCGCCGUGGAGCGUCUGGAAGCCGACAAGGCCAAGUACGUGAAGAGUCAGCAGGUAGCACUAACUAGGCAGGAGCCUGUCAAGCCACCAAUCAUCCGCAAGCCCCUGCUGUCCCCAGGCAUGAUGCUGCAGUGCAGGAUCAACACUCCGCCAGCCCGGAAGGUUCCCCGCAGGCCCUCGGACUCUGUGGACAAUGGAGGAAGCCCAGGACAGAGUACACGCAGGGGCCCACAGCUCAAUCUGGAGAUCCUUAACAACCUCAUUAACGUCUCAGAUGGGCCACAGCCUUCGUCUCCUGCUCCUUCCUCUCCCUCACCCUUGGCCUCCUCACCCUCAUCUGGAGGAAAGAGUAUGGGGAGUGGACAGUCAGCAACAGAGCCUCAGCAGGGUUUCUGCUUUAAGGGACACUUUCUGUCGACAUCUGAUUCUGUCAACUCGUGCACUCCCUCUCCUCUCAACAACCACAUCCAGCCUCCUUCUCCUGCUGUUCCAGAGCCUAGCCGCAGGCCACCCCCUGUUCCAGCCAGAGCUCCUCGGCUCCCUGCACAGGGUGCCUACAGCAGCCCCAACUCUGUAAUGGUCCGGCGGGUGGAUGUGCGGCCUCAAGCAGUGGUCAGGAAACCCCAGAGGAUACCUUUGAAGCCCCAGGCCAAGCCCAGACAGGCGGCGCAGCCACAGGUCGCCCAGCCACAAGUACCACCUCCACCUCCUCCAUCUACUAAGCCUCCCUCACUCCCAGCCCGGUCUCCCUCACCCUGUUUACCAUCCAGCCCCUUGCUCCUGCGUUCAGGUGUCCCUCCUCCAGCCUCGCCUGCCUUCACUCGCCUUUCUUCAGCCAGUUCGCGGGGCUCAGGGCGCAAACACCCAUCCCUGCACCGCUCCAAGUCGGACCUGAGCGACCGUCUCUCGCGGGCCACCGCUGAUCUGGAGCGUUUCUUUAACUACUGUGGCCUGGACCCUGAGGAGCUAGAGGGCCUGGGCGGAGUGGAGCGCUUCGCCCGUGCCGCCUCCGACAUUGUCUCCGUCUCCAAACUCCGAAGCGUCAGCACACCCAGCUCUGAGUGCGGAGAAGAAGGCAGGAGGGAGGAGGAGGAUGAAGAUGAUGAAGACGAUGCCCCCCCUAGGCCAAACGACCGUGUUCCUUAUGGCAUCUCAGUUAUUGAGAGGAAUGCACGUGUAAUCAAAUGGCUGUAUGGGAUCCGGCAGGCACGGGACUCACAAAACGUCUCCAAUGUGUAGGCACCCUCUCUCGUGUUCUCUGGAACACCAAGGAGAAAUGAAAUAAAGGGGACAGAGACCUGAUCAAACAUGCCCCAUGUUUCCUUUUACAUAUGAAAUAUUUAUGUUUUUUUGGACUCUUGGAGACACUGACUUUUUUUGUAUAUUUGCGUUCCAUAUGGAUUAUGGUUAUUUGCCUUACAAUAAGUUUAAAGACAUUUGGUUCUUAUACAUCUCAUUUGUGUUAAAUCUGUGCAAAUAUUUUGUUGUACAUGGCCCUUUUUGUUCUUCUUUUAUUUGGGCUAUAUUGACAAUUUACCUCAAGAAGUGAGAAGGAGAGAGUAGACUGGAGCGAGCUUUAGACUCUCUGCACAUUGACUUGGAUAUGAAAGUCGUUUAAAGCAAUAAUUAAAAAAUAGAUGCUGAUAGCUGUGAGUGACUGAAUGGAUGAUGAUGAUGAUGAAGACAGCAGUAGACCUGCUGCAUUGGUGCUGUUCAGGUACUUAGUCUUUAUAUCAAAUAGCAGUGAUUAUGGGAACUGUGGCUUUGAUAUAGUAGAAAGGGCUUUGUGAUGAUAACCAGCCAGGUACUGUUUAGCAGUAGAAUCCUCCUUUGUUUGUACAGUUUGAAUCAGGUAAUGGCUUAGCUUCCAGGUGAAAAGUACAGUCUGUAAGGCCAUAGUCCAGCGGUUGCUGGUAGGAGGGUUUCAGGGACUUGUGCUUAGUAAGUCAGAACCAAGAUACAGAAUAAAGACACAGCAACUAAGACAUGUUCAAAUACAUGAACACUAGGGCUGCACAAUAUAAAGAGAACAUCAUAUUUCAGUGAUAAUGCUACAGUUUACGAUGUGCCUUCCAAUAUAUAUGAAUAACACACUGGUAAAGCCUUGAUGGGACACCUACGUUAUUUUGGGGAUGUUUAUUGAAUCACACGAUUCCCUCAGUGGACAACAGUGAGCAGAGGUGUCAGACUGGAUUCCUUCCAGGCUGCAGUUCUGCAGACUUUAGGGGUCUCCCUCAUUAAACACACCUGAUUUAACUGUUGAGCUCAUUAGCAACACCUUCAUAAAUUGCAUUUGGAGUUUUAAAAGAGGGACAACGCUAAUCUCUGCAGAACUGUGACCCGGAAGGAACCCAGUUUGACUCGACAGGUUUAAAGGUUCAUUUGCAACUCCACUGUUGGUAUUGUGUCAGCUAAUAUCACAUCAUUACAAAAACGAUAUAUUGUGCAGCCCUAAUGCACACAAAUACACAUGUAUGCACUCAGUGGGACACUCCCCCACAGACCCCCGCUCACUGUGCAUACAUUUUUGCGCUGUCAGUGUCGAGUGUGCGAACGUGUCGAAGGGACAAGUGUCUGCUGAUAUGUGGCGCCAGCAAGGUGCAACAUUCUAUGAUACUGUGAAGGAAUUCCAGAGCUUCCUUAUAUACACUUUACACUUCACAUGUCUCCUUUUUCAACCAUGGCUGUUGGACCAUAAUUCUAUUGAUUCUAUAUGUCAGCAUGUGACAGCUUCUGAUAGCAUGAACACGUUUCUGUACAGGUGAUUUGCCUCAAUAUUACGUGGAAAGCCAUUGCAGUAAAAGCACAGUUGCACCCACACAUUCCAGCACUCGUGAACACGUGUGUUCAGCAUCUAAUUUAGGAAUGAAGUUCUGUGGGGACUUUUUUGUUGUUGUUGUUGUUGUUUUGUUAGGGCAUUCGGUUGACUUUGUGCAGCAAAAGUGUUUUUCUCUCUGUGUGGAGGUUAUAUAAUUGGGGAAGAAGGUUGCAUCAUGUGUGGGAUGGAUGCAGGAGGUAGGGAUGUGGGAGAACCUGAGGAGAGAGAGCCAGAGUCGGUCUGGGGCAAAGCUCUCAGGGGGGGAGUGGGGGGAGGAAGGAGCACAGUCACAUCUCUUCACUGCAGAGAUGGAUGGAUGAGGUCAUGCAGAAGAAGUGUUGCUUUGAAGGAGGCGCAGAAAAAAAGGAGUAGAUGUUGCAAUUGGACUUGAGAAGAGAGAGAGAUAUUAAUGCUGUUUUUUCAACCUGCAAUUUUUAGUUCAGUGAUCAGGCACAGCGAGCUUUCAGUUUGGUAUCUGUUUGGUUUUGAGUGUGCAACCAAACCAUUUUAACACACACACCAUCAGUAAUAACACUGAAACACUUCAGAGAUACAGAGACACAGAUACACGCUUACAUUACCAAUGUAGAAAUCACAUGAAGAUAUUCACUCAGCCAUGUUCUGUGGACAAUGAAGUAUGACUUGGGUUCUGUGGUGAGUCUGUUAGUGCUUUGAUGUUCGGCACAUCAGAGGCAAUGAAUUUCUGAUGCAAAAUGUCUUCAAAAGAUGUCAAUAAAAUGAGAUUUGUUUUUUACAAAACA